AUGUUAUUCAUAAUUUAUUUCUUGUUCUUCUCUUUGGGACAAUGUAGUGUUGAUUUUAACGCAUUGUUGUCCUUCAAAAACAGUGUUUUUGACCCUUCAAACUCUCUUUCCUCCUGGGUUAACUCAUCAAAUCCUUGCUUUGGUUCUUGGUAUGGUGUCACAUGCAACCCUACUACUCACCGAGUCACAAGACUUGUUCUUGAGAACAUGAACCUUUCUGGGUCAACUCAGUCACUUUGUCAGCUUUCUCAUCUAAGACUUCUCAGCCUAAAAAACAACCGCCUUUUCUCUUCCACCCCUGUUAACUUCUCUUCAUGGCAUUACAUAAGGCAUCUUUACCUCUCUGGAAAUCUCCUCACUGGAAUAUUUCCCACCGGAAUAUCCACUCUCAGGCGGCUUCACCGGCUCGACCUUUCACACAACAAUUUCCACGGCGAAAUUCCGAUGACCGAGUUGACUCAAUUGCCUUACUUGUUAACACUCCGUCUCGAGUCCAACUCGUUCACUGGACCCCUCAACUCAAUUGCCUCGUUUUCUGCUAUUUUAGACUUUAACGUUUCGGAUAACAACCUCUCCGGCGAGAUUCCCGCGUGGAUGUCUCGUGUCCCUGCCUCUUCCUUCCAAGGAAACAAGGAACUCUGCGGCCUGCCUCUGCCGUCCGAUUGUUUUAAUCGGACGGCUCUCCCUGCGCCCUUAACACAAAAGAUUCAUCAUCCCGAAAGCAAGCGGUUAAGCAAUAGGGUGGUGCUGAUGAUCAUCGCCGUCGAUGCGGUGGCGGUUAUGGCCGCGCUGGUAACCAUCACAUGGUGUUGCUGCCGGUACAAGUGUUGCUCUGGUGGAGAGCACAAGGAAGUUCUAGAAACAAAAAGUGGGUCCAAAUUGCAAAGGCGAAGUGGGUCCAGAGAACGGGAUGUGGAGGCGGAGGAAAUGGUGGUGUUCGAAGGGUGCAAGGGUUUUAGAAAAGUGGGAGAUUUGUUGAAAUCUUCGGCUGAGUUGUUAGGGAAAGGAAGUGUGGGAACCACUUAUAAGGUAGUGAUGGACGGCGGUGAUGUGGUGGUGGUGAAGAGGGUACGGCAGAGGCGAAGGAGGAGGGACCUUAAUGGGUGGUUGAGAAUACUUGGUGGGCUGAGGCAUACUAAUAUUGUGAGCCUCAUUGCAUAUUAUAAUUCCAAAGAUGAACUGCUUUUGGUUUAUGAUAUUUUACCAAAUGGAAGCUUGCAUUCUCUCUUGCAUGGAAACAGGGGACCCGGAAGAACGCCGCUGAGUUGGAGUACGAGGUUAAAGCUAGCUUCAGGGACUGCACGAGGACUAGCUUUUAUCCAUGGUUACAGCAAAGCCAAGAUCUUUCAUGGACACCUUACAUCAUCAAAUAUCAUAGUUGAUCGGCAGGGCAAUGCCUGUAUUUCAGAUUGUGGUCUUCGCCAAGUUUUGUAUGCACCAUCUUUGUCAAACGAUGACUACGAAGCCCCGGAGCUCAUGCUUAAUAAUGGUGAAGAAGGCAACCUCAGAAAGUAUACGCAAAAAUGCGAUGUUUAUAGCUUUGGGGUGAUCUUAUUAGAGAUAUUGACAGGGAAAAUGGUGAGUGGAGAAAGUGGGGUAAGUUUGGUUAAAUGGGUUCAAAGCGUGGGAAAAGAAGAGUGGGCGUGGGAGGUGUUUGAUUUUGAGAUGUUAGGGGAUAAGGAGAUGGAAGAGGAGAUGAUGGGUCUAAUGCAAGUGGCAUUGCUUUGCGUGGCUACAUUGCCAAAAGAUCGUCCAAAGAUGAGCAUGGUGCAUAGGAUGAUUGAGGAUAUUAGGACUAAAGGUGCAAGAAAUGGUGGGACGAUAUGUAUUUUGAAUGAUUUUUCCUCUGAUUCUUCUCCAACUCUGUCAGAAAGAACUCUUAGCUUCAAAUAGGUAAAAAGCAGCUUUCACGAGACAGACGAGGAAGGAGAUAGUCAUGAUUCAGUCUCUUUUUUCUUUUUGGUGUGUGUGUGAUGAUAUUUGCUUGUGUUAUUCUUCUUUGUGAGAUUACAAGCAUUUGAUAUGAAUAUGAUAUUAGUGCUUUUUUGAAAUUUUCGCCUGGAGUAAUUUUGGUAGAGCUGAAAUACUAAUUUCAACUUCAAGAGAAUCAGCGACCAUGUGGGACAAAAGAUGGUAAGGUGCUAUUUGUUGCUGAGGCAGAAGAUGGUGUCACACCGUGGAGGAACAAGAAUCUAAAAUCAGAUACUUCAAAACAUGGAAGAGGGGUCGAUCAAAUCUUGGCAUAACCCCCUCAUCUAUCCCCCAAAAAGAGUUUAAAAAUAAAAGGAAGCAAUUCCCUAACUUCUAACAUAAAGAAAACGAUUUGUAGCCAAUGGAAUUUCUAAUACAUCUGCUAAAAUUAAUAUAGUACUACUUAUUUAAGAACUUUGCCGGGAGACACAAGAGGGACCUUAUUGAGGCCGUGCUGAAAUCCUCAAAUAUUGCUAAAAUCUAGAGGCCGACUAGAGAAAAUCUGAGAACCAGUUAAAAUGGCUGAAAAUGAAUGCAAAAAGGAUUGAUGCUGUUUCACAUGGUCAUGUCGCCUUCAGGCAUGCCCAGAAAGCCGAUUUUGUCCAAUCCUGGUGGUGCCAAUAGUAUAGAUGGGUUGGCUUUGGGGUCCAGUGGCUCCCAUUUGCAUUCUGGCGAAGACGGAAAUAUGACUCUGCUCCAUUCCGACUUCUUCCUAAACCAUACGCCAUUGGCUUAAUUUGUGGUCCAUGUAAAUCUUUUAGAGGGAUAAUUUUUUUUUUCUGCUUUUAGGUUUGUCCUUUUUUAUUGA